AUGAAUUGGAAUUUUAUAUUACAUUUACAAAAUGUCCAAAUGGAGUUGGUAGCAGUAACAAUAUCACAACAACAAUUGGAGAAUAGUAGAGUUUUUAACAAUAAUAAUUGUAAAGGGGUUUUCAGUAAGAAAACCAUUUGGUUUGAAUGUGUACCAGGUGGUGAAUAUGCUGAAGGUUCAGUUGUUUAUUGUAGUCAAUAUGGAAUUGAUAUGAAUUUACAAUUUUCAUCAUCAUCAACUACAACAUCAAAACAAACAACAACCAUAACAACAUCAGGUCCAUCCUCAACUGUUGUCUCAUCAGGUGGUAAUACAUUCUCUACCUCUGGUAGUAGUAGCAGUGGUGGUAUUAGUACUGGUUUCCCAUUUAGUAUCACUAGUGGUAGUGAUAAGAAUUUACAAAUCUCAUCAACUCCAUCAACCACAUCAUCAUCAUCAUCAACUACAACAUCAAAACAAACAACAACCAUAACAACAUCAGGUCCAUCCUCAACUGUUGUCUCAUCAAGUGGUAAUUCAUUCUCUAGCUCUAGCUCUAGUAGUAGCAGUAGUGAUAUUAGUACUGGUUUCCCAUUUAGUAUCACUAGUGGUAGUGACAAGAAUUUACAAAUCUCAUCAACUCCAUCAACCACAUCAUCAACUACAACAUCAAAACAAACCACAACCAUAACAACAUCAGGUCCAUCCUCAACUGUUGUCUCAUCAAGUGGUAAUUCAUUCUCUAGCUCUAGCUCUAGUAGUAGUAGUACUGGUUUCCCAUCAAGUAUUACCAGUGGUAGUGGCGGUAGUAAUUUUCCAUUUGGUACUGGUUUACCAAGUGGAUUAUUAGGUGGAAAUAAAAACCAAAUAAAAUUUAACUAA